AUGGAAACGUCCUUCAACGACCCCUUCAUAAAAUCCUGGUCCUCCACCCCGAUCCCCAACCUCUCCCUCUCGGCAGGCGGCCUCCUCGCCCUCGCCGACCUCAACACCAUCGCCCAGCGCACCGCCAUCGCCGGCGGCUCCUCCUGGCUCGACGCCUUCGUGCUCGCCCCCGGGCUGCACUACCAGCAGGCGGCCGACCUGCUGACGCCCGAGUACAACGGGGCCGGUGGCGGAGCCUCCAAACUCGUCCUCUCGACGCUCGACGGGAAGAAGACGCGGCUCGUGGUCAGCAAUGUCGGCAUGGUCAAGUAUCUGAGGCGGUUGUGGGAGCGGGAGGGCAGGUACGGGGUUGUGACGCUGUAUGGUGAUGGUGCUGAGGGAGAUGUUGGGUCGGGGAGGAGACGCAGGCAGAGGCGCUGGCUGAGGGACUUGAGGAGGGCGAAAUUGGUAGAGGAGGGGGACAGGAGGAAGAGGGGAAAGGUGAGGGAGGUGCUGGAGAUGGAUUGGGUCAGCCACGUGCUGUAUCUCCUGAGCCCGCUCCUCACCGUCGGGGCGAUCGUCUUGAUGGUGCUGCUGCAGGAUUGGUGGGGGCUGGGCUUCCUUCUCGCGCUCAUGGCGUCCCGGCUUGCCAACAUCUGGGCCAUCAAGGCGCGUUCGAAGCCGGGAUCCUUUCCCAUAGCCUUCAAGAGGGAGGACUCGCAGAUGACCGAGUACACAAUCGACUGGGGCGACAACCGGCGCGUCAUCCUCAAGGGCCAGGACGCGGACCUCCGCGCCGUCACGACCGAGGCCUGGCUGCGCGCCAAGACGACGCUCGAGGGCUACCUCGAGGCCAUGUCCAAGCUCAUCGUCUACAUGGUGGCCUCGCUCAGCGGCAACCUCUCGCAGGCGGGCGCCGUCGUGCUCAUGGCGCUGCUGCUCGUCAGCGCGGGCCUGCUGGGGCUGAGCAACGCGCACGCGACGAGCCUGCGGAUGCACGGCCGGAGGGUCGGCAGGCUGAGGAGGGUCGGAGGAGGAGGGGGAGGAGGAGGAGGAGGAGGGUGGAGGGUCAGGCCGCUGGAGCCGGGGAUGGCAGUCGUGGGCGAUGUUGGGGGUGGGGUUGUACCGGUUCAGGUUGUGCCGGUUGGGAAUUGA